UACUGCAGUCCCUUGUCCUUGCUGCUGGAACAGCUCCUCAAGCAGUGAGAUGACACCUGAACCUCUCCUUUGCCAUGUGAUUGCUCUUGCUGGGAUCCCAAGGAGUUUGGCUGUUAGGUUUUCAAAAUUCAGUGGUCUUUGGUUGCCCUUGACUCUGUAGUCAACAUUUGGUUCCUAGUUGCCUCUGUUAGUAACCUGCCAGGCUUGGGGGCCGCUUGGGUUGCCUUUCCUGACAUUUUACAGCCAGAUGUGUGUGCACCAUCCAGCCAGCUUUCCCCAAGAUGCUACUCCUUGGCCACGGCGAGUAGCUCCUCAUACACCUCCCGGCUUCCUGUUGCCACAUGCCCUUUGGAUUCUGAUUUUAUUUCCUCUGAUUGAAUCAAGUAAACCUUUGGUGGGAAAGGAUAGGAGUAGGGCACAUUGGGAUUCACCCUCCUGUCCAGCAAACAGAGCCUGUCUUCUUUCAGCUCAGUGGGUCAGUGUCAGCCCACAGGCCCCCCAGUGGUCCAGUGGGAAUAAAGACUGCUCUGUCCCAGCAGUGGACGGGGUUGAACCUAGGCAUAUUGGCUGGCUCCUUUAAGACCAGCCUUUGAUACAGUGUCAGGAAAAUUGUGGUUUCAAGUUCAAACUGUGGUUUUGAGAGAUUCUAGCUUAAAAGGAAAAGGGCAAGGAGGCAUCUCUGCUUUGGGGGUCUUCUGGAGUAGGUCUCCUUCCCUGGAGGCGUUCCUGGUGUUUCAUUACUGCUCUCUUUCGCUUACUCCUGGGAUUUCUGAGGGUAGGGGAUAAGGGUCUUAAGGGAAAAGUAAUCAGCGUCUCUCAAAAACCACGGUUUGAACUUGAAACUCAACACUGUGAUUUGAAUUCUUCAAGUCAUGGUUUGAAUUGAAAAGACCUGCCCCCAGCCAGAGACCAGCUUUAAUGAGGCAGGCAAGCAACGGUCUCCAGAUUAUGAUUAUUUUAAAAGUUUAAUCCUAGAUGAGAAGAUUGACCAUAAGGUGCCAAGGUCAGAAAGACAGAAUGUGGUGGGAUGAUUAUUCUGGUGCUUUUCAGUGGUCUGACCUGCAGCCGUGGAGACCUGCUACAUGGAGUAGAAGGUUAUUACUUAUCAGUGGACUUAUCGUCUGGACUUUGGAAGCAGGGGCGUCCUUGCAGGUUUUUGUUUCCUACAGUCUUGGGUAUAUUCAGGGUUGAAUUCUAGCAAGCCUUUGGAAACUGACGUUCUGCUGCCACACUCCCACGUCUUCUCUUGAAAACCAUUAAUCACCUCUCCAGGGGUGAAAGGUUGCCUGUGGAGCUCUGCUACAGCCAGCUGGAGUGGCUCCUUUCCAUGUAGGCGCUGACGAGCUUGCCUCACUCCAGGCCUCUGCACGAAGGGACCUUUGGGAGAAUAAUAGAAACACUGACUCAUCCCAUGACCGUUUGGAAGGGUCACAAGCCAGCGGCCUUCUUUCUGCAGCCAGCAACAACUCGGAUCCUCCGCCUUUGGUGGAGGGUCCCUUUUGUUACUGAGGAGCCACAAGCCACAGAAGUGAGGAGGAAGCAUUGAGGGACUGUACAAGGGAUGUGCCCAAACUAGUCCUUGACUAGGAACAGCUUGAUGCUAGAGACUGAGGGUCCAAACUUCGAAAAGCCUCGGGGUCAGACACACGAAAAGAUAAGAAAAAGAAAAUAGCAAAAGCCAAGCUAAAGAAGCAGACUCUCACUGUGAGGAGCAAGGUGAAUGCCCUAAGGUCAGAGAAGAAGGGGAAAGGGAAGAAAGGCCAGCGGCUGUUGAGCAAGCUGCUGCUUUCGAAAUUCACCGGUAGGAAUUUACUGCAUCUUAAAUACUAGCCUGCUCCUGAGGGUGGAUGAGCAUUCUCUUUGAGCACACAGUGGCAUCUCAGCUAUGCCAGCUGCUCACUGCACAAUAUGGAGCCAGCUUGCCAGAGUGACAGGGGUGAGGUGGAGGGGUGGGGCUGCACAAAGGGGUAGAGUCAGGUGUGCUGGAGUAUGGGAGAAGAUGGCACGAGGCGUGGCAGGUGUGCAAAAGGAAACCUCUGUGUAAAUGUGUUGACAAUUUGUGGGUGGUGUCCAGUGCCCAGAAGAAGAGUGCCUGCUUGACAUCGAGUGGUGGUCCAGGUAAAAACCGUAAGGCCAAGGGUGCCAUAGAUUUUGCAGGCCACGAGAAGGAAGGACUUUAUGUUUAUCCCUAUUUUUGAAUAAUCCAAGGCAAGAUUUCCGACCAUGUGGACAUUGAAGCACUUUAUAAGCAACAGUGAGGGAGAGGGAGAAAGUGCACCUUCGGACGUUUGAGGCAAAAAGGAAAGAUGUCCUGGGAGUCUGAGGGUCCUUAGGACUCAAAAUGGCCAUAAAUAUGGAAGUUGCAUUCGUCUUAUGACACGGAAUAUCUUGGUAACCUGCUUGCUGAGAGUCUGUCGCUUAGCUUAGAAGAUGGAUCAAAACUAACAACGUGAGAUAACAGGGCUAAAUUUGAACAUCUGCAAAAACUCAGCCACAUGGGUUCAAACUGAGCUUAGCAGCGUGUGUUUUAAUAAACAACAACAUAAAGACAUGAUAACAGAAAACACCUCAGGUUUUCCUUUACUGUGAACUCCGUGUUAUGAGCUAACAGCAUCAAGGGGUUGCCAAAAAAGCAAAGUAAUAUUAGGCUGUGUUAAUGAAAGUAUGAUGUCUGGAAGGAAGGUGGCAAGAGGCCAGGCCACUCUUGGCAUACCAUGUUCGUUCGUGGCCACCAGUGUUAAGGACCUCAGUGACAGGCUGGGUAGCCAGUGGGAGGGCAGCUGUAGAGGCAGACCAAGGCAACGAACCGGUUAUUUAGCUAGGAGGUAAACACUUCCUAAAAUGUAGUUGCUGGAAACUGGAUGGCUGCCUUUUGACAGGUAGAGAGAGUCCCUUAUCCCAGGAGGGUAGAAUUUGGUCAUCCUUUCAGCUUCCUCCCAGCUGGAUGAUCCAAUUUCCACCCACCACCUGCUCACCACUCCCCUGCCUAACAGUCUCAGACUGGCCUGGGGCAGCUGCCGAAGGGGGCAAAGAGGAGCCUCUGCGUUCAAGACCGGCGGGUGCCCCCUGGACAGGGAGCAGGUGACCCGCACACCCAGGGUUAGGGUGCAGACCUGCUGGUAGGCUGGGGGCCGGCCUAGAAGUGCCCAGCAGAGAAACGUCUCAGCGUCCCACCUUCUCGUGACAAAACAGGCGUCUCGGGCUCCACCGAGACCAGCAAUGCCCGGGGCGCGCAGCCUCCAGCGCCAGCCUGCUUCCCCGAGUCUCUCUCCUCCCCGGGCCUCAGUCUGACGCCCACAGCCCUUCGCAGGAAGCCGACUCCCAAACUCCGGCAGGGGGUGUGGGCCGAGGGCGAAACCCCGCCCCUAGGGGUCCCUGAUCUUUGCCCCCGCCCAGGGCUCCGCGCCUCCCCAAGAGGCCAUCUGCGCGCGGGCGGCGCUGCCUUUUGUGUGUUGGCUCUGAGGUGCCAGAGACCCCCACUCGCCGUCCGCCGCGUCCCCUCGCGGCCCCCGGCCCCUCCUCUCCGCGUCCCCAGGCCCCCUGCUCGGCUCCGCGUGCCAGCUCGGGGCUCGCUGGUUCGCUCCCCGCGGCGCCAGGAGGAGGGGCGAGGGGCCGCAGCCCCCUCCCCCGCGCGCGGCGCGGGAGCCCAGCUGAGCCUGGGGGGACCCGCCGCCGCCGGUCAUGUGGGCCGGACUGCUCCUCCGGGCCGCCUGCGUCGCGCUCCUGCUGCCGGGGGCCCUGGCCCGAGGCUACACCGGGAGGAAGGCGCCCGGGCACUUCGCGGCCGAGAGACGCCGGCUGGGCCCCCACGUCUGCCUCUCGGGGUUCGGGAGUGGCUGCUGCCCUGGCUGGGCGCCCUCCAUGGGCAGUGGGCACUGCACCCUUCCCCUCUGCUCCUUUGGCUGUGGGAGUGGCAUCUGCAUCGCUCCCAACGUCUGCUCCUGCCAGGAUGGAGAGCAAGGGGCCACCUGCCCAGAAGCCCAUGGACCCUGCGGGGAGUAUGGCUGUGACCUUACCUGUAACCACGGCGGCUGUCAGGAGGUGGCCCGAGUGUGCCCGGUGGGCUUCUUGAUGACAGAGACAGCUGUCGGCAUCAGGUGUACCGACAUCGACGAAUGUUUAAGCUCCUCUUGUGAGGGCCACUGCGUGAACACAGAAGGCGGGUUUGUGUGUGAGUGUGGGCCAGGUAUGCAGCUGUCAGCCGAUCGCCACAGCUGCCAAGACACUGAUGAAUGCCUGGGGACUCCCUGCCAGCAGAGAUGUAAAAACAGCAUCGGCAGCUACAGGUGUUCCUGUCGAACUGGCUUCCAUCUCCAUGGCAACCGGCACUCCUGUGUAGAUGUAAACGAAUGUCGGAGGCCGCUGGAGAGGCGAGUCUGUCAUCAUUCCUGCCAUAAUACCGUGGGUAGCUUCCUGUGCACAUGCCGACCUGGCUUCAGGCUCCGAGCUGACCGCGUGUCCUGUGAAGCUUUCCCGAAAGCCGUGCUGGCCCCAUCCGCCAUCCUGCAGCCCCUGCAGCACCCGCCGAAGAUGCUAUUGCUGCUUCCAGAGGCGGGCCGGCCUGCCCUCUCCCCAGGACACAGCCCUCCUUCCGGGGCUCCAGGGCCCCCAACGGGAGUCAGGACCACCCGCUUGCCCUCUCCCACCCCUGCACUACCCACAUCCUCCCCUUCUGCCGCGACAUGGCUGCUGUCCACCUCAGUGCCUAGUGCCUCCCAGCUGGGGACCCUCAGACCUCCCUCACAACUCCAGGAGAAAGCGGUGAUGACCCCUUCCUUGCCCAGGGGCCCUGCGGCCACGCGGCUGGCACCAGGGCCCUCUGCCUGCUGGCACCUGGGAACCAUGUAUGAGUCAGGGAGCCGCUGGACAGACCCUGGGUGUUCCCAGUGCUGGUGCGAGGAUGGGGAGGUGACCUGUGAAAAGGUGACGUGUGAAGCUGCUUGUUCCCACCCAAUUCCCUCCGGAGAUGGAGGGUGCUGCGCAUCAUGUACAGGCUGUUUUCACAGUGGCGUCAUCCGAGCCGAAGGGGAUGUGUUUUCACCUCCCAACCAGAACUGCACCGUCUGUGUCUGCCUGGCUGGGAAUGUGUCCUGCAUCUCCCCGGAGUGUCCUCCGGGCCCCUGUCAGACCUCCCCGAAGUCGGAUUGCUGUACUUGUGUUCCAGUGACAUGCUACUUCCACGGCCGAUGGUAUGCGGACGGGGCCGUGUUCAGUGGGGUUGGUGACGAAUGUACGACCUGUGUCUGCCAGAGUGGGGAGGUGGAAUGUUCCUUCACGCCGUGUCCGGAACUGGAUUGCCCCCGCGAGGAGUGGUGGCUGGGCCCUGGACAGUGCUGCUUCACCUGCAGGGAGCCCGCGCCCAUGACAGGCUGCUCUCUUGACGACAACGGGGUCGAGUUUCCCAUUGGACAGAUCUGGUCUCCUGGUGAUCCCUGUGAGUUAUGCAUCUGCCAGGCAGAUGGCUCAGUGAGCUGCAGGAGGACAGACUGCGUGGACUCCUGCCCUCACCCGAUUCGGAUCCCUGGACAGUGCUGCCCUGACUGUUCAGCAGGCUGCACCUACACAGGCAGAAUCUUCUACAACAACCAGACUUUCCCGUCUGUGCUGGACCCGUGUCUGAGCUGCAUCUGCCUGCUGGGCUCAGUGGCCUGCUCGCCCGUGGACUGUCCCGUCACCUGCACCUACCCUUUCCACCCUGAUGGCGAGUGCUGCCCCGUGUGCCGAGACUGCAACUAUGAGGGAAGGAAGGUGGUGAAUGGGCAGGUGUUCACCCUGGACGAUGAGCCCUGUACCCAGUGCACGUGCCAGCUGGGAGAGGUGACCUGUGAGAGGAUCCCCUGCCAGCCGGCCUGCUCCGACCCCUCCGUGCCCCCCGGGGACUGCUGCCCCUCUUGCUCGGAUUCCCUGGGAGAAAGGCAGGGUCUCUCACCUCAUGGAGACGUGGAAUUCAGCAAAGCGGCUCGCAGACCCCGUGGAGACACCGAGGACCCCGUCAACUGCAGCUCCUGCCCGGGGCCCCCAGCAGUAUUGCCUCGGAGGCCAGCGCUCCACCUCCUCCAGCUCCUCUUAAGAAGGAACCUGUCUAACACACAGACUUUACCCAUGAGCCCCUUGGGAGCCCAGGCCUCGCCCUCACUCCCUUCAGGGCCAAGGGGCAUGUUUACAGGGGAACCCAGGGCCUCCCAUGCCCCUUGGCCCUCCCCGGAGCCUUCAAUCCCUCCAGGAGCCUCCGCUCUACCUCCAGCCUCUCCCAAGGCUCCUGGGCCACCUCCUGUUACUCCAGAGCCCUUGUCCUCAGCCUCCAGGGACCACACUGCAUCCAGACAGUCUUCUCCACCGGUUGCCAUCCCGACUGGAGCUUCAGCCCUUUCCAUGACAGGCCCCAGCCCCUCAAAGACCCCAGUCACCCUCCUCAGGCCUCGCAGACUCUCUCUCACCUCCUCCAGACUCUCUGCAGGCGUGGCUGACAGCUCCAGCCCCCAGCAGCCCACAGUGGGGACUUCUAGGGAGGAGGAGUCCACUGGGUGAGCAGGCCUCCACUUCAGGGCCGUGCCCAAGAGACGGUGAACAAAGGACCCUCUGCCAGUGGUCCUGGGACUUUACAUGGAGACUCCAGGGGCCAGUGAGGCUGCUGAUGCUGGAGGCUCACUCCCACAGGGCUCCUGGAGGGGAUGGAAAAUACCCACGGCCGGAUGGAAUCUUAUUCUCAAGAAGCAUUUGGAAUGUGCUGUGAGAAUGGAGCAAAUGCGUUCUCCACGGGCAGCAUCCUCCUUGGGCAACCUGGCUGACUUGUCUCUGGAGAAACGUGGGGCUGCUGAGCUCCUGCUCUGGAGGAGGAGAGCAGGGAGGCCCUGGGAUUCCAGCAGGAUUGUGCCAUCAGCUGUCCUGCAUCCUUCCCUGAGAUUUCCUGAUUAAAGGACGUCUCAGUCCCCUA